UGUGAAAAAAUACAUUUUUAAGGGCAUUAAAGAAAAAUAUCGGAAUUUGUAAGUGGAACGGUUGGAACUCAAGUAACAGAAGCAUUUGUUACGCGGAUUAAAGUAGGAAAUUAACUGUCAUCUAUCUCUGCACAUAGAGAAAUGGAUGUGGUGUUGCCUCUACCUGGAGCUACUGCCUCCGCCGCCUCUAGAUCUUAUUCCAGGCGUGUGCGACGCCGCAUCGUGGUCAAAGAUUGUCAGUCAGCAGAGGACGUCAAGGAAAUUAGGGUGUGCACCAACCGCACUUGCCGCAGACAAGGUUCGAUGCAAAUCCUUGAGGCCCUCACCGAUCUCGCCCCUCCUAACGUCUCCGUCAAAUCCUCCGGCUGCUUGGGCCGCUGUGGGGCAGGCCCCAACCUCGUGGCGCUUCCCGCCGCGACUUUGGUCGCUCACUGCGGCACCACCGCUCGAGCGGCCGAGGUCCUCGUGGCACUAGUUCUGCCACGGGGAAGAGGAGGUGAUGGUGGUGGUGGUUCGAAUUGGGACUCUAUUGUUAACAAGAGUUUGGAAGCGCUGGCAUUGAGAAACAAGGCGCGAAGUGAAGUAGUUGACAAGAACAAUUUCUCUCAGGCUGAGCUCCUCCUCUCACAGGCUAUAGAAUUAGGACCAAUUGGGGGUGUUCAUAUUAUGUAUAAGGAGAGGUCCCUUGCAAGAUUAGCAUUCGGCAAUUGUUCCGGGGCUCUUGAAGAUGCCGCUCAAGCUUUGGCUUUGCAUCCUCUCUAUCCUGAGUUUGUUCAGGCUUAUAUUUGCCAAGGUGAUGCAUUCUUGGUCAUGAACAAAUUUGACUCGGCGCAGAGAUCAUAUUCGACAGCUUUACAGAUGGAUCCUUCUCUUCGGCGUUCCAAAUCUUUCAAGGCUAGGAUUGCAAACCUAGAGAAACUCACUGCCGCAAAUCUGCCUUAAGAGCUGCAAGGUGGCUCUCUUUAGAUGGUUUUCAGAACAUUAUUUCACUUGACUGUACUAUACUUAGCAGAACAUCUCAAACAUGAUUUCUUUUUCCCCAAUCCCAGUUUCUACAACUCAAGACAAGAGUCCAGCCAAUUUUGACCCUGAUGUAUUAAGAACGGCGGUAAAAAGGAAGAAGAAGAUGAUGACGUAUACUGGAAAAAUGGUAAGUUAUAGGACCAGCGCUUUUCUCUUCUUUUUUUUUCUCUUUAAAUCAAUUGCAACAGCCUCAGGGUAUUGUAUAUAUACAAGUUCGUGAAAUCUGUAAGUAUUUUUUUCAUGAGCCUAACUAGCACUAUGUCCUUGGACGAGUGGGGAUCUCACAACUUUCUGAUGUACCUAUUUAAUAGUCGUAAUCUACAUAAGACAUUUGUUAUACUAAGGAUCAGGAUUAGAGUUUAGUGUUCA